AUGGUAGUCGCCGUCUUAAACACGAUGCUGUUCCUACCUUAUUUUGUUUUACAAAAGAAGUUAAGAAACGAAAACCACCAAAAAAAAAGGCAAAUGACAAAACCUUUAAAUCACAUAAUGGAAGUAAACAGCGUUGGUGCUUCAAAGCCAUCAGAUUGUAAUUUAGAACAUGUACAAGCAAUGUCUGAUGUUAUCAUUCAUAAUAAUUUGUCUAGCAAUGAUCAUCUUUACAAGUCUAUGGUAUUUAAAAUUAAUCACUAUAAAAAACAGUUAAGAUUUUUAUCUGAUAAAUUAAAAAAAAAUGAAACUAAUAAAAGUGCUGAGCUUUUGAAAUCUAUUUUUAACAAUGACCAAAUAGAAGCCUUGUCCAGAAAAUCUACUAAAUUCAUGAAGUGGUCUAAUCCUACUAUUUGCAAAGCUUUAAAGAUAAAAUUUAGCUGUGGUAACAACGGUUACGAAGAAAUGUUGAAACAGAAAAUUCUAUUUCCUUCUCAAAGAACUUUAAGAAGAAGAUUGCAGAUGUUAAAAUUUGAUAGCGGUGUACUAGAUGAAGUUUUUAAAUUUUUAGAAAUUAAAAUUCAAACGUUUCAAGAUACACACGAAAGAGAAUGUGUUCUUAUAAUGGAUGAAAUGGCAAUAACACCCUCUAAUAUAUUUGAUGUGUCUUUAAAUAAAAAUGUAGGCAAUAUUACUUUGCCUAAUCAUGAAGGAACUGCAACAAAUGUGUUAGUUUUCAUGUUAGGGGGCAUAUCGACCAGAUGGAAACAAACUGUUGCCUAUUAUUUUACAGGACCCUCAGUUAAUGGAACCGUUUAUCCGCACCACCAACCGCGGUAA